AUGGCAAGCGGAGACAGCUUCAACAGUUCAGUGGAUCCCGAGUUCCCAGUGCUGAGGGGCGAGACCCUGAAGGAUUUCACCAGGUACAAGAGGGCUGUGCAGGCGGCGGAGCUAGGAUGCGAGUCGAAGGAACAACGCACCGCCUUAGGCCUGACGCUGCAUCCGAACCUCCUCGGCGCGGACAACUCGAUCAGCGUGCUGAUCGAGUUGUCUGACGCCCAGCGUGCUGACCCGAAAGACUACGCCGUGGAGGAUGGAGCGAAUGUGCUCAAGUUUCUAGAGACCGAGCGCUUCGCGAAGAACAGUUUCCGUAAGCUGCCGAAGGCUUUCGGCGCGUUCUCCGACCUCGCGCAUUUCGAAAGGAAAGGCGAGGAGCCCAUGGCAGCGUUCUGCACGGCCAUGGAGGUGGCGAGGCGGCUCCUAGAGGAGGUGAACCCGGACACGAAGAUCAGUUCGAAUGAGCUCGGGUACCACGCGCUGAAGCGCAGCGGUUUGGACAUGGACGAGCGCGACCUGGUGAUGGCGAGGGCGGACGAGACGCUAAAUUUCGCGAAGAUCUCGGCAACGUGGACAAUGCACGCGGACGACACCGAGACUGGACGAGCUAAUGGAGAGGACCAGCACAACGGUGAGUACUGGGUCCAGGCCGACGACGGGCACUGGCACGAGCGGGACGACGAUGACGGAGUCCACGCGUGCACGGACGAGGACGAGGAAGGCGACAGGGACAUCAGCCACCUGUUCUACCUCGAAGCUGACGUGUUUUUGGCUGGAGAAGACGACGAUUACCACCGGGCCCUUGUCGCGAUGCGAGAGAGCUGCAUCGAGAUGAGCAAACUACGGGCGGCAAGGGGACUCUUCGAGGAAAGGGUCGACGGCGUCGUGGACGAGAGCGCGGCAGCCAGCGGUCACGCGGGAGGCAAGAGCUCCGGGAAAGGCAAAGGAAAGGGCAAGGAUGGCGGCAAGUCGAAGUACAAGCGCUGCAACAGGUGCGGUCGGAUGGACCACAGCGCAUCGGAGUGCCUGGCCAACGGGCAAUCGGGGAAGCCAGCUAAGGGCAAGGGCCGCGGCAAUGGAUCGAAGUCAGCCCCUCGUCCACGACGGCAUGGAUUCUGGGCAGUGAGCGCUCUGGCGUGUGCAGCACCGUCAUGCGUGGACGUUGGACACCAGGUGCGACACCCGAACGCGAACUACAUCCACAUGCAGCCCGAGAAGGAUAACGAUAUCAUGAUGGUGAACCUGGACACCGACCCAAUCGUACCGGACAGGCCCGAGUUCGAGGUGAUGAUCUCCAGCGACGUCGUGCCGGCGCCCCUAGUGGGCAGCGCACUCGCAGGACGCGGAUGGCUUGAUCGCGUCGAGGCAGAGCUAACAAAGCACUGUCUCAAGCCCGGCAAGGUGGAGGCGCGCCAGAAGUUCAGGGGGCUCGGUGGAGCACGACGUGAGUCAAAGCAGAAGUGGGUCAUCCUGCUGGGCAUCGGGAAGAAGCACACGCUGCUGGAGUAUUUCGAGAUCCCCGGCGACAUGGUCGGCCUGACGAGCAGGGGGGACCUCGCCGAGUGGAAGACGAACCUCUACUUGCGCGAGGACGGCCGCUGGGCGGACUUCCAGGAGCUUGGGGUGCACGGCAAGGAGCUGAAGCUGCCUGGUGGGCAUGUUGGGCUCGACCUCUUCGACAGCGACCUUGAGUCGCACGAGUCGGAGCCUCUCUUCGAGAGGUUCCGCGCGGGCGAGAUGCAGCUCGAGCCGGGCGCGUUCCUGGUCGCGGAGACGCCGCAGGAGUACGAGCCGGGCUUCCAGGUGAAGGGGCGCGCCGACUCGCGGGUCGCGGAGGCUCCGAAGAACGGCAGCAAUGGCAUAUUCAAGAAGGGCGCGCUCAAACGGAUCGACAAGUGGAUGAAGAACUAUUCUAUCAUCUUCGACGUACUGCGGAACAACCAGGAGACCUUCCUGUUGGGGCUGUUUGCGAAGGAGCCCUGGAUUGUCUCGGUGGCGUUCCAAUGCGCACCUUUCUCGAACGUGCAGGAGUUUCAGCGAGCUCAGGGCAUGGGCGACCAGGUGGGCGACCUCAUCGAGGAGUUCAGGCCGCUGGUUAACUUCUCGGCUAAGGUGCUUCGGACUCAGGCUGAAGGUGGACGCGUCGGCAUCGGCGAGAACCAUAUCACGAGCCGUGCUUGGAACGAGGAGCCGAUCAUGGAUAUGUUGCGUUGGCGCGGUGAGCGACCUCCAUUGUACGAGACGGUUGCGCUACGCCAGUGCAUGUUUGCACUCACGGAUGACUACGGGAUGCCGAUCCGGAAGGCCACGCGUAUGCUGGUACCCAAUGGUUCGUGCUCCCCGUGGUGGCUCGAUCGCAAGUGUGACCAGCGCCACGAGCAUGCCGACAUGGUCGGACGAGGCGCGCUGCUCUCGCGGGCCAGCGCCUGGCCGGACGACCUUGGCAAGAUUCUGGUGAGCGCCGGCACUCAACGGCUCGCGCGGCGCACCGACCUGAAGAAGUUGGGCAUUGGAGACGACGCGACGAAGGUCCCGGAUCAGAGGACCAUGCGCACGGUGGCCAAGGAGUUCAAGCUGAGGAAGGACCUGAUCGGCGUACGCGCGCUGAGGCAGAGCGAGGCCAUUCUUGUGCCUCGCGGAGCUGUUCGGCGCAUCUACGCCAUGUGUACCGACAAGGGCGCGCUGGCCGACUUCUCGGACGCCUACGCGGACGACCCGCAUUUCACGACGGUCGAGCUGGCCGCAAGGCAUUCAAGCCCGACGAUCGUGAAGCAGACGCAGUACAUCGAGACCUACAUCGCGAUGGUAUUAUUCUACGACGCAGCGAAGGGCCAUUUCGCGCAGCGGUUCGCGGAGAUCGGCGAGAAGUACACCAUCCUGAUGAGGCUGGCCCCAGCAGAGGCGCCUCACCUCAAAGGCAGAGUGGAACUGGCGAUCGACUUCUUCAAGGACCAUUUCCAGCGCCUGAACCGCGAUGGCGAUCGGAGGCAGCUGGCGGCGCAGAGCGCGGCACUGUUCGAGGGCGGUCCCAAGAGGCAGGUUCGCGCCGCGGCGAACCUGGCGUUCUUCGAGCUGGACAGCGACAACGCAGUGAGAAGAGCCACGGUUGGUCGGGUUCGCCCGCCGCGCGGGCCGUUCGUGCCAGGCCAGCUGGUGUUCUACUUGCGCGAGGUGAAGCACAAGAAGUCGAAGCGGCUCCAGGGCGAGCACGGGCGGCGCGGCCCGGCCAUCGCGCUGGCGGCCGAGGGCCACGCAAGGCUGCACCUCAGCUACCGCGGGGCGCCGGUGCUCGCGACGCCUGAGCAGGUGCGCCAUGCCUCUCGCGGCGAAGCCGAGAUGGUGGGGAACGAGGACCUCGCCAGGCAACCGUCGCAGUGGCGCGGAGGACCUACCCUCCAGAAGGGCUUCGUGGACGAGCGUGGGCCUGGGCCUGACGGGAGCGGUGGCCAGCGCGACAGGCGUCGCAAGAAGGACGACGGCGACUCGGACAACGAGGGCGCCGCGGGAGGUCUGAGGAUACUCUCAAGCGAGAGAAGCAUAUCAAGGAGGAAGACGCCCCUGAACCUGGAGCGCUACCCGAAGUACCACCACUACCUGGAGAUGGAUGUGACAUGCAGAACGUUAGACUUGAAGAUACACCCGGAGAUGGAGACGACAUGCAAGAUGUUACGGUUAAUGACCCACCUGUGCUUGAUGCAGCUGGGCAGGGGCGCGCCACGGACCUGCACGCGGCUGCUGUGCCAGGCGAUCCGCAGCAACAGCCUGAGCAAGAAGGCGCUCAAGCAGAGUCGCCCCCCGAAGAUUGAGGACGACGAGAUCGACGACAAAGUGCUGUACCUCAAGGUGAAGAAUCGCUCGACGGACGCAUUCGUGGCCAGGGGGACUGACACCGCGAAUAAGCAGGAGAUCGCGGGCGUCGAGAAGGCGGAUAUCUUGCCCAUGAGGCGCGUCCGCGCCGACAAGAAUGAACCUGCGAGAGGAAGUCUCUCGUGCGAACAACUUUCGCUGAGGGCGAAGUCACGGAACAUCGCCCCGGGCUACAAGGACAAGCAGUUGCUCGCGGGCGAGUUGCAGACGAACGCGCCGACGCUCACGGACGCGGCCACGGCGGUGAUCAUCCAGGAAGCUGCCAGCCAGCCUGGGUGGAGCCUCGAGCAGGGCGACGUAGAUUCGGCAUUUCUGAAUGGGAGAUAUCUCGACAGCUCCAGGCGCGUCUACUUCAAUGUUCCCAAAGGCGGCACGCCUGCGGUGCUGGAGCUGGGAUGGCCUUUCGUCCCAGAAGGGACUGUCCUGAAGGCGAAGAAGGGCAUCUACGGGCCGAACGAUGCACCCCUGUUGUGGCACGAGCAGCAUCGCGGUGCCAUCCUGUCGCUUCCCGGGGCUUCGAGAUCAAAGCUGCGCCCGGCCCUCUUCAUCUUCCACGACGAGAGGGCGGAGCUAAUCGGCCUGAUCGGGGCGCGCGUCGACGAUGACAUCGUCGCGGGAUCGCCCGAGUUCUUCGCGAACCAGGUGGCCAAGCUGAGGAAGGUGCACUGCUGCGGGAAGUGGCAGACGGCGAAGGCCGGUUUCCACCGCUGCGGGCGCUUCCCCGAGCAGAACGACGACGGCGCGAUCAUAUGCAGCAAGAAGGAAUACACGGAGAGCAUCGAGAAUAUACCCACCUCGGCCGAGCGUCGCAAGACCAAGGAGGCAAAGGCCACGGCGGAGGCAAGGGCUAUGCUCCACAGUGGCAACGGCCAGAUCAAGUGGCUGGUCCGUUCUACGAGGAUGGUUUUGGCGUUCCGGCUGGUGGAAAGCCAAGCUCGGGCUCGCGACAGUGACUUGAAGGCACAAGACCUGCUAGAUUACAACAAGCUCGUGAGCGACGCCCAGACGGACCACGUGGACAUAACCUUCUGGAAGCUGGACAUGGACAACGUGGUUGCGGCUGCAGUGGGGGACUCGAGCCACGGGAACGUUGGCAAGACGACGACCGCUAGCCAGGCGGGCCUGGUCAUCUUGCUCGCGGACAGCACUGACGAUCAGUUCCUACACGGGCAGCCGGCUAAGGUUACCCCGAUGUUGUGGCGAUCGCAUCGCAUCACGCGAGUGGUAGGGAGUACCUUGGCAGCCGAGGCGAUGGCAGCGCUGAAGGCAGUCGAGAGUGGCGACAUGCUGAGACAGCACUUGGUGGAGUCGCAUCACGGGCUGGGCUGCCGGACCCACAUGGACGACGUAAAGGAGAUUAAGAUGGUGGAGGUCAUGGACUGCAAUUCGCUCUACGACCUGCCGCAGAAGCGAGGGGCGGUCCCGUCCGAGAAGCGGCUGCUCAUCGACAUCGAGUCGCCCAGGAACGACAUAAAGUUCAACAACGUGGUGAGCAAGUGGGUGAACACCGAGCAGAUGCUCGCCGACUGUCUUACCGAGCAGGACGUUCGCGCGGGCGAUUACGCGAGCUGCGUGCUCCGGACGGGCGAGUGCCGGUUGACGGAGGGCCCCAUGGCAGGGCAGGUGAUCUCCGAGCAACGGGUGGAGCUGAAGGGUCGCAGGGGCGUGUGCUAUCGCUCGAAGUAUCCUCGGCGGCAUCGGCCUGCCGACCAGCCCUUCGCGCGGGAAGGCUAUGCAUACUUCGAGGACUGCAUCGUGGACGACAUGUACUACGAGAAGCUCGAGGACAUGGUCGACUGGUCAGGACUGGGCCAAGUGGCGAAGCGGCGGAGGAUUCCGACCCAUGCGCGCAAGCUGCUGACGAUAUACGCACCGACCAAGGAGGCUCUCGAGCGCCACGAGAAUGACUGCACGGAGAAGCACGACCUGAAGGAGGCGGACACGACCAACGACAUCGAGCACCGCGAGGACGCGAACGUCAUUUCGGACGAAAACCAGAUCACGGACGCUACGGCGGAUUUGGACGACGCGAAGGAGAUCUACAUGAUGGACACCUCGGGUGCCGAGACCGAGGGCGCUGCGUUGGUGGCGCGCGCGGUGCGUCGGGUGGCGGUGGGCCAGUGCGAGCGUCAGCCGAGGACCCGCAAGAAGGCCAACCACAACACCCCUGUUCCGAACGAUGGUGAUGACUGGGUUGAGAUUCCAAGCCAGACCGAGCAGUCCGGAGGAUCGACCGCCAGGAAGAAGACAACGGAGUUACCGAUAGACAAGGCUCGUAGACUGCAUGAGCGUUUGAGGCACGCAUCCCACAAGCAGGUGGAGCACGACCUGGGCGACGCACUGGAGGAGGAUAUCCUAGAG